UGAGGGGGCUCCGUGCCUCGCCACAGCCCCGGGGGCCGCCAUUUGGGGGCGGCGGGCGGGAACGGCCGGGCGCCGCCAUCGAGGCGCUCGGCGCUCGGCGCCAUCGAGGCGCUCGGGGCUCGGCAGCGGGGCGGUGGCGGCCGUUGGUGCGUGAGGGGAGGAGGGCGGCGGCCAUGGCGGCGGCGGAGCAGCGGUACCCGCGGAGCUCCAUCGAGGAUGACUUCAACUACGGCAGCAAUGUGGCCUCGGCCAGCGUCCACAUCCGCAUGGCUUUUCUGCGGAAAGUCUACAGCAUUCUUUCCAUUCAAGUUCUUUUGACCACGGUCACAUCUGCAAUUUUUCUGUACUCAACUGGAGUACAGGCAUUUGUUCAUGAAAGGCCUGCCUUGCUUUUGAUAUCUGUAUUUGGAUCUUUGGCUAUAAUCUUAGCACUGACCCUCUACAGACACCAGCAUCCUGUUAAUUUAUACCUACUUUUUGGAUUUACCCUGCUGGAAGCACUGACAGUUGCUAUUACAGUGAGUUUCUACGAUGUGUCCAUCGUCUUGCAAGCCUUUAUUCUCACUACUGCUGUAUUUCUUGGACUGACUGCAUAUACCUUGCAGUCGAAGAGAGACUUCAGCAAAUUCGGAGCGGGGCUCUUCGCUUGCUUGUGGAUUUUAAUCUUCUCAGGUUUCUUGAGGCUGUUUUUCUACAGUGAGACGAUAGAGUUGGUGUUUGCUGCUGCCGGAGCACUUCUCUUCUGUGGAUUUAUAAUUUACGACACUCAUUUGCUGAUGCACAAAUUAUCCCCCGAAGAGUACAUACUGGCUGCGAUCAAUCUCUACUUGGACAUCAUCAAUCUGUUCCUACACCUGCUGCGUUUACUGGAGGCAUUUAAUAAAAAAUAAUCAGAAGCAGCGAGGUUGAUAAUCACACGUAUGAAGUUCAGUACCUAAAUAGCGUUGGCUUGGAUGAUCUACAAAGAGACUGAAUCUCUGUCGCUCUGUCAUUCCAUGAGUAUUGAUCCCUCUUUUUCGGGGGGCAGGGCUUUCCAUGUUGCUGAAGUUCUUGUCUAGAACAUGUAUUUUAUUUAGUUAACGUGGUGUAGCUGUUUCAGUCACUUUUUAAAUUACUUAAUUUGCACUCAGUGUAAUUCGUUAUUGAGUUGUUUGCCAAUUUCUGAUUGUUCCAGAGGACGCUGUUAGAAUGCCUCUGUCUGCUGUUGUGUAGCUGCUGGGAAUGUUUGCUUUUGGGAUCACAAGUGGAAAGCAUACAGGCAGCCCCAGUUUAUGGGUGUGCAAUGUGUUGUUAAGUUAAAACUUGUUCUGGUUUUUGUGUGGUGGAGGGGUGGGCUGGCCGUGGGGGGAAUGUUCUGUCAGAUUGUUACACGAGCUGGCGGGGGAUGAAGACGAAGGGGUUCGUGGUGUAUUAAGGAUUAUUUAUUGCUUGUCUUUGCGUGUUUGGGGCCAUUUGAAGGCAGCCGCUGGCGCUUUGUGUCCGUUCCCCAAUAAACUCGGCAGCCCGCA